AUGGUCCCGAAGUAUUGGAAGAAAUACUGUAUGCCUCAAAGAAAUGAGGAUGUUUUCAAUCUUUUAAACUUUUAGCAGAAAGGCCGGAUACCCGGAAGAUAUGAAUUUCGAUAUUCAAACGUAUUACGAUGACACAGAGACUAUGCGUAUUUUUCGAGUUGCUGCAUCUGUUCUAGGUAGAAUUGAUUUCAUUUAUUCUUGGUCGUAUCCGAUUAUUUGCGCAGGUCUAUCAGUGGAUGAUAUGUGGGAGAUGUACGGAGAGUUUCUGAUCACGCAUGCUUGCGAAACCGGAUGGCAGAAAAUGUUAUUCUGUAUGGCCAACAAUCUUCAGGUAUUCGGAAUACAUUAUAAUCACAAUAGUGUUCUUUACACAGGAGUUCCUCGACAAUUUGAACAGCAUGCACUAUUUCAUUGAUCAAAUCGCUUUCAAGUCAGAAAUGAAGGGUCCAACUUUCCAAUGCGAACCAUUCGGAGAAUCCGGGUUGAAACUUCACUAUUUUUCGUUCAGACAGGGUCUUUUUCCGAUUGUCAAGGGGCUGGUCCGCAAGACUGCCAGAACGCUUUUCGAGAUGGAUGUCAAGGUAUCAAAGGGAAAGUUUCCACAUGAUUAUUUUCUUCUCUAGGUCAGUAUGUUAGAGCGAAAUCAGGAGCGUCGUAAGUCUGGGAUGGUGGAGCAUGUCAUCUUUUCCGUGGAGCCCGAUGACAACCAUCGGAAGGGAAAACGUCUCUUCCAUAAGUUCAGAAACACCAAAUCAACGGAGCCAGGAGCAAAUUUGCUGGUGAUUUCAUUUCUAGUUGCCAUUAACAUUAACUGAUAUUGUAGCCAACCACAAUGCUGGUGGGAUUGCGGGACUUCAAGAACAUCUUCCCCUACCACGUUUGCUUCAACAAACAGAUGGUCAUCGAGCACAUCGGUUAGUGAUUUCGGCGUGUUUUCCGCAUGCUUACCUCGCGUGUCUGCUUUCUGCAUUUCAUAUUCCGCAUUCAUUUUGACGUCAAAUGGGUGCCUACGCAUUAAUGAUUAGUUGAAAGAAAGUGAGAUGAAGAAAUAUAUAUGAGACAACUUUUAGGUAUCUACUUGCUCCGGGAGUAUGGCCUUGAGAACAAAAAGACGCUGAAAGUCAGUGAUCUCAUGCAGUUGGUACAGCCUUCUGACAUUCAGGUAUCCGAGGAGGAUAUUAACGGAAACAAUUUAAAGAUUUCAGUUGACCUACAAAAACGUUCUCAGUUAUCUGAACACUUUGUUUAUUUUCCAACUGAAACAUCACAGCAAACGUAAUGAAGUCCAGGAGGGAAGCAGCGAGGCAUUCCAGCAGCCACUGGUUCUCAAGGGAGAGAUGAUGCCUCUCAACGAUGGAAAUUCUAUAAUUUUCAUCUGUUCUCCUCAUGUCACAACUGUGAGCCGACCAUUUUCCAAUUAGGUCAGCACUGUACCCUUCAGGUCCGUGAUAUUCUCAACCUGAAGCUCUACAUCUCGGAUAUGCCAAUGCACGAUGCAACUAGAGAUCUGGUCAUGUUAAAUCAAUCAAGAAUCUGCCAGAUGGAGUUGAAGUGAGCGGGUUUUCAGGUCAACUCGGAAUAUGUGGAAUGUUUAGCAAAAAAUUGGAGGAGACUAUGAAGAAGAUGAAGAAAAUGACGGAGGAGCUAGAGAUCAAAAAGGGACAGACGGACCGAUUGCUUUUCGAAUUCGUACCGCCCGUUAUUGCUGAGGCAUUAAGAGCAGCCAAACCUGUGCCAGCUCGUAAGAAUUACCCCUAUAUCUCACUCCACUCUCCGUUUAAUUUCAGAAGAGUUCUCGGACUGCUCCGUGAUUUUUACUGAUAUUCCCGAUUUUUUCACAAUCAGUGUCAACUGUACACCCAAAGAGAUUAUCGGGGUGGUAACCGAUCUCUUCCAUCGUUUCGAUCGUAUCAUAGAGAAGCACAAGGGGUACAAAGUGCUUUCCCUAAUGGACAGUUAUCUGAUAGUCGGCGGAGUGCCCAACGCCAACCAAUAUCACUGCGAAGACAGUCUCAAUCUUGCCCUGGGUCUUUUGUUCGAAGCCCGUCAGGUUCAAGUUCCAAAGUUGGAGCAGACCGUACGGCUGAGAAUUGGUGUUCAUUGUGGUCCAGUUGUGGCUGGAAUCGUCAGUCAGCAAAAGCCAAGGUUUUCAAAAUAGCGUUUAUAUACACGACAAGAAAUGCCUUCAGGUUCUGCGUUCUUGGGAACACAGUCAACAUCACAAAAACUAUUUGCUCGCACAGUAUUCCAGGAAAGGCGUUGGUUAGUAACGCAGUGAGAACGUGAGUAACACAUUUUUUCUUCUUUUCUCAAUCAAAUGUUUGUUUUCUUCAGAAUGGUGACCAAAAAUCUAAAAAGUAUCUUUGUGUUCAAUGCGAAUGGUUACCUUGAGCUAGCAAAUGGAAAAAUGUUGACUCAUUUCCUUGAAAAGAACGAAAAGAGCAGUGUUUGGGACAUUGUUGAUAGGGAUAAAGGUCUUGGCGAAUAUCUAUGUUUCUAAUUGUACAUAUCUAACAGUUCCAGCUACAAAUGACAGCAUCGAUGGAUAUCGGGAGCUUCACUCCGAUGAUGGAACCACCGAAUGGCAAGAAGCAACAGCGGCUGCCUAUCGUGUCAUUUCAGUAAGUUUCAUUUAAAGUUUCGAACUCACAAAUUGGUAUUUAGGUGGUCAAUGCUCUCGACAAUAAACCGAGCCGAACAAAAAAGGCAUUGACUAGACUCCGAUCGGUCAAACGGAAGUUCCGAACAAUUCAGAGCAAUGACAGUGGAGUCUCUAUCAGUGAGCCCAAUGUGGAGAGCACUGUAUGUUCGAUCAUGUAG